GCUCAUCGAUCAGCUGUUUUUGGUGGAGGCGUUCUCAAGCUUUGGAAAUAAUUAUACGGUUGAGAUAAAGAUUGAUCACUACCCGAACAUUCCGUAGCCAUGCUGACCAUUGGCACCUUGGCCAACAUCAAGCACAUACUGCAAAAGGAACUCUUCAAUGCUAACGGCAACAGUGGGAGUGGCGAACGUUUGCUCUCCGUGGUGACGGUGACAAAGACUUUCAAGAAGAAAGACAAGCGAGCCUGUUACCUUUGUGUAGUGUCAACAGCGCCGCCAGUGCCCGUGGUCACAUUGUGCCUGGUGAAGCAGUCCGAGCAGCGGGAGAGCGAAUACAAGCGCAAACGUAGUUGGCAGCUGGACGAGAUCAAGUGGAUCGAUGGGCGCAACGAACAGUUUGAGACCCAUGAGUUUGACAUUCAAUUGGAGAAGCUCUACAAGUGGUAUGCCCUUAAUCUGCAUGAGCGACAAAACUUUCUGGCCGUGCUCAACAGGCAAAUUCAAAAAUAUGUGCGAGGCCCACAUCGAGCGGAGUUUCGUAAUGUUCCACUGGCCUGGCUCUCCGAAAAGUCGCCGGAGAAGUUGGCAGCAGGGCGAGCGGGUAGCGCUGGAAAUGCUGUGCAGAAGCCACACAACUCAGAUGACGAGGACGACGAGGAGGAGGCACAAGAGUUCACUGCGCUGACUGAUAAGGAGGCCAAUGAGCUAGGCAAACUAUUCUCUGAGUGUGAUUUUGCUAUCAAGGAUGCCGAGCAGUUCAUUGAGCAGUUGUCCAAAGAAUUGCAUGAUCUGGAUGGCGCCAAUAUGCAAAGUGUUCUCGCAUCGGAGCAGAAAGUGCUGAAGAUGAUGGAGCACAUUGAUAAUGCCAUUACGGAAGCGGACAAGUUUGAAACGCGUCUGGAUAGCUAUGAAGAUAUUCUGGGACAUGUGAAGGAGACCAUGGAGAAGAUUGGUGGCAAGAAUGCCAUGAUCGAGAUAGCCAACAACAACAACAUCAAACUCAUGAGGGAACUCAAUAAAGUUAUCAGCCAACUGGACUUGCCGCAUAGCCAGCAACAAGCAUUGGAUGAUCCGGAUCUGAAGACUGCAUCGGGACGUAAAGCAGCCAUAACAGCAGCUCAAUGUCUGCAGCAGGCGAUGAACAGCGACAUUGAUCCAACGCUACUGCGGUUAGAAGCUGUGCAGGAUCAGCGAAAACGCUUCGAGAAAUGGAAACAAAAGUUCUCGGCAACAGUUAGUCGUUUCCUCAACAAUCUGUUCAUCCAUUUGGGCAACGAAAUUGGCGAUAUGCCAUUGACGAGCACCGAAUUGACGCUGCCCAACCACUCAAAUGUGCAUCGCGAGUUGACGCCGUACACGGAGCUGAUGCACUGGUCCAAGGCAAUGGAUCGCAAGACCUACGAUGGCCUGAUGCGUGUUUACACGGCAUCACUGAGCAAGAUCUACGAUCGCGAUGUGCGAAACUUCUUUAAUCUGGCCAAGCUGCAAGUGUCCGAUAAGUUGCGCAGUUCUCGUGAGGAUCUAGACAUGUCUAGUUCGUCGCGUAAGUCCGCAGUGUCAACCAUUCCGUAUGGCACGUUGGGCAUCAAUCGAGAGCAAUGGGGUCCUGGGGUGGACAGCGCUGAUCGCGUGCGUUUCGAUGCGUUGCUGGAAAAAGUAUUGGCGGAGCUGGAACCGAUUGCCUUGCAGGAACAGUUGUUCUGCAUCAACUUCUUUCAAAUGGAUGUGAUAAGUCCGACAACGAAGAACACGCAAACCACACUCGAGGUGGGCAAGGACAAAGACAAAGGCAAUGAGAUGUCCCAAUCUUUCAAUGCCUCAAUGGUGUCUCCUACGGACGGAGCUGCGGUGCCGCAGAAGCGCCUCGAUCGUCAGAUCAACGAGGAUGUGCGCAAGCUGAUGAUGGGUCUCUUUGGUUGCCUUGAGCCCGAGCUGGUGAGCUUCAUACAAAGCUUUGAGCGCGUGGACAGCUUCUACUCGCUUUAUGUGCUGGUGCGUCUAACGCAGCACGUCAUGUCCGCCCAGGACACACAUUCCUUUCUCAGCAUGACCUUCGCCUCGGCCUUGGUGCAGGUCAAGCGUAACUUUGAUCGCUUCAUGCAACAGCAGCUGCAAUCCAUCAAGGAGGCCAAGUUGCCCAAGCGUUCGAAAGCCAUUCUGCCUUAUGUGGAGAACUUUGAGAAUUUUGCCCAAACGGCCGAGGGCAUCUUUCGCAAAUCGGAUCGUCGCACCGACAUGGAGAAGUGGUAUCUCCAGCUGGUCAAUGCCAUCUUUGAGGGCAUUAGCAUGCAUUCGCAGGAGCAUCCAAAGACGCCGUCGCAGGUGGUGCGCAUGGAGAACUAUCAUCAUAUGUACGCACUGCUGGCACAGCUCAAGGUGCCGGGUCUAGAUGCGCUCAAGAAGGAGGCCAAGUUGCGCUACAACGAUGCACUCAAGGCAUAUGUGACGCAGUACUUCGGACGACCGCUGGAGAAGCUCAACCAAUUCUUUGAAGGCGUGCAGCAGAAGGUGGCCCAGGGCGUCAAGGAGACGGAGAUCAGCUAUCAAAUGGCAUUUUCCAAGCAGGAGCUGCGCAAGGUCAUCAGCCAGUAUCCGGCGAGGGAGGUGAAAAAGGGCCUGGAGAACCUCUACAAGAAGGUGGACAAGCAUCUGUGCGAGGAAGAGAAUCUGCUGCAGGUCGUUUGGCAUGCCAUGCAGGAGGAGUUCAUAGCCCAGUACAAUUAUCUCGAGGAGCGCAUACAGAAAUGCUAUGCGGGCGCCAUGAUUAAUCUGGAAUUUAACAUACAGGAUAUACUGGCCUUUUUCUCCGACAUUGCACGUUCCCAUUGAGAGAGAUUCCUUUUUUCAGUUAUGGGAGCGGGGGGCAGUUUACUUUUAAGUGCAAUAGUAUUUAGAGCGAAUGUUUUUUUUUCUCAAAGACAAAAAUAUACGCGCACAUAUUUAAACA